GACAACGAAUCGAUGCGAAGUGAAUUUUAACGCGGCCCAGCUCCACCGGCAGAUUCGACUUUUCUCUCGAGCACUCGCGCCGCCAACUUUCUAACACGCCUCGAGCUUCGAUUCGCUCGUGUUAUCGAGAAUGGCGCACGCAACGAGGCGAAAGAAAUGUUAAGGAAACGACGAGUUGCGCCGGCUAUUCUUCGCGUUUUUCUUCCCGAUACGAGACCAGCCGGCCAGCCAGCGUGAAACAAUGGAGAACAAUCUUGUGAACGAGGCGAGAGAGCUGUGGGCCGUUUACGCCUGGUGGUCGUGCGUUCUCGUUCUCAAGAUGAACGCCCUGACAUGGUUCACUGGGCGAAUUCGAGUAGCUAGACAGGUGAUCCACAGCGAGGAGGACAGAAUGUGGUUGAAAGGUCCCGAUAUAAUUUUAUGCCCAACUGGAGGCGGCCACGAGGACGUGGAUCGCAUUCGAAGCGCGCAUCGGCACGAUCUUGAAACUGUACUCCCUUAUCUCCUAAUUACACCGAUAUGGCUGAGCACGUCACCGUUGUUUCCUCUGGCCAGAGCGAUUCUGCCCGGUUUCGCAAUAGUCAGCGUAUCAUACACGUUGCUGCACAUGAAAAUCGCGAACCUGCACCACCGUUAUUGCAAAACAAUCCUGUCUGUUUUCCAGCACACCGUCUUGAUUUCCAUGUCGGCCGUAUCCGUCCUCCAUUACGCGUUCUCAACCGUGCGCCAAUAAGUUUGCGCGUUUGUUUCUUAUAGUUAUCGAAAUGCAGCCGUUGCAUUUUGAUAAGAUAAGCACGGCCGGUACUGCGCGUUUCGCGUGCGCCAGUGUAAGCAGUAAAAGUUAAUGUUAUCUUCUGUGUAAUAGAAACUUUUGUAAUAAAAUUUCCAUGCGAGAGAAUAAAUUUUAUGGAUUUUAGAAAUUC